UCUAUUUGAUUCGUUGAAUUCUAAAACCCCAAACCCGUGAAAAAGUGAUACAGUCACCACAUAGUCAGUCAAUACCCGUCUGCCAAACCAGAACGAAUUCUUAAAGAUUUGGGUAAUCUCUACUUCAAGUAUUCUCAACAACUUUGAGAGAGAAGUAUUUAGAGGACAAUUAAUUCUCAAAGUGUUUGUAAAAUUGAUGCAAUGGAAGUAAAGUGAUGCUACAUUUGAAUUCUAGCAAUGAAGUGUUUCUACUAUUUCAAGGACAAAACCAAGAGCAGGCAACAAAGGUCAGCUCCUGAGCUGAAAGAGCAAAGCAAAUCCCAGUAUUCAGGAGCUGAUGAUAGGAUUAUCAAGUCUUCCUGCUCGGCUAAUUCGCCUCGCGGAAUACCGGAAAUGUACGAGGAGAAGGCGCAUAAUUUGCGCGUGUUCACGUUCUCCGAUCUCAGGCACGCAACACACGAUUUCAGUAGGCUCCUUAAGAUCGGGGAAGGAGGAUUCGGGAGUGUUUACAAGGGUUCAAUUAAGCCUGCUGAUGGAAAGGGCGAUCCUGUCGCCGUCGCCAUUAAAAAGCUCGACAGUCAUGGCUUGCAGGGUCAUAAACAAUGGGUGGCAGAGGUGCAAUUUCUCGGUGUCGUAGAACACCCAAAUCUUGUCAAACUCGUGGGAUAUUGCUCCUUGGAUAGCGAAAGAGGGAUCCAACGGCUACUCGUCUAUGAAUAUAUGGAAAACAGAAGUCUAGAAGAUCACCUUUUUAACAAGGCUUAUCCAGCUCUUUCUUGGAAAACAAGAUUAGAGAUAAUACUUGGAGCGGCCCAAGGGUUGGCUUACUUGCACGAAGGAUUGGAAGUUCAGGUGAUAUUUCGAGAUUUUAAAUCCUCAAAUGUGCUGCUGGAUGAGAAUUUCAGACCAAAACUGUCGGACUUUGGGCUUGCUAGGGAAGGGCCAGUGGCUGGGAAUACUCAUGUUUCAACUGCAGUUGUGGGAACAUACGGAUAUGCUGCUCCAGAUUACAUUGAGACGGGACAUCUCACAGUGAAGAGUGAUGUAUGGAGUUUCGGCGUGGUGUUGUACGAGAUUCUUACAGGCAGACGGUCAUUGGAAAGGAACCGCCCAAGAACGGAGCAAAAACUUCUGGAAUGGGUGAAACAGUUCCCUCCAGACAGCAAAAAAUUCGGCUCGAUAAUGGAUCCUUGGCUUGAAAACCAGUAUUCUUUCAGUGCAGCAAGAAAAAUCGCGAAGUUGGCAGAUAGUUGUUUGUUAAAGAAUGCAAAAGAUAGGCCAAGAAUGAGCCAGGUGGUUGAGAUGCUGAAGCAGAUUAUGCAAAUUUCAGACAAUGGAAAUCUGUCCGACAGAAGUCUCGAGUCAUCUGACGAUGACCAAGCUGAUCCGGAACCAAGGCAGAGUCAGUUGGGGCCUGCGGAGUCGUGGAAAAGACGAAUGUCCCAUUUGGCCAAACUAGGUGAGCAGGUGGAGAGUGCUAGUAGAAGAAGAUUCAUGAUCAUGCAGAGAGCCAAAGUUAAUUGAUUGUAUGUUAAUGCUACCAGCAAGAUUAAUCAAGUCCUUUAUUGGCCUUUACUAUGUAUAUAUAGAGUUGUGGGGAGAGUUUCUAAGUGAGGAUCUCGGUUUAAAUUGUCUCCUUCAUCAUUGGUGCUUUAGCGGAUAAAAGUUGAGAAAACUACUUUGGUUUAUGGCCUUA